AUGCAUCUCCAACCCGUCUUCUGGUCAGCUUGGCUAGCUGCCCUAACAUACGCAGGGCUUGCCCGCGCCAAUCUGUCACUCCAAGAUGAUACUCAAGCGGUUCUUGGCAGCGAAACGAGUGGCCCCAGUGCUGCGAAGAAGCCGAAGAAUGUGGUCUUCAUCCUGACAGAUGACCAAGAUGCGGCCAUGGACUCCGUUUCCUACAUGCCUCUGGUUAAGAAGUACCUCGCAGACAAGGGGACUACAUAUGCAAACCAUUUCACCACAACCGCAAUUUGCUGUCCCUCCCGGGUGUCUCUGUGGACGGGCAAGCAACCACAUAACACCAACGUAACCGAUGUGCAUCCACCCUACGGGGGAUAUCCAAAAUUUAUCUCGCAAGGGUUGAAUAGCAAUUACCUCCCGGUGUGGCUACAGGAAGCUGGCUACAACACGUAUUAUACCGGCAAGCUCUUUAACGCGCACACUAUCUACAACUACAAUAAGCCAUUCCCAGCAGCAUGGACAUCGACGGACUUUCUACUCGACCCGGGAACCUACUCUUACCUGCAUCCCAUCUACCAAACCAAUGGAGAACCACCGGUGCAUCAUCAUGAUGAACAUACAUCUGACCUCAUUACUAGCAAAGCGCAAGGUCUUCUCCAAGAUGCCAUUGGAUCAGACAAGCCCUUCUUCCUUGCAGUGGCACCCAUAGCACCACACUCUGAUAUCGAUCCUGACCAUGACAGCUCAACUUUGCCGUUGAUGACGGAACCUAUUCCCGCGGACCGCCAUGCCGGCCUGUUCAAAGAUGUCAAAAUCCCCAGGACGGACAACUUUAACCCAGACUCGCCUAGCGGUGCUUCAUGGGUGCGAAAGCUGGCACAGCACAAUGCCUCUGCCGUCGAGUACCUCGAUCACUACUACCGACAACGACUGCGAGCCCUGCAAGCAGUGGACGAGCUGGUGGAGAAGCUUGUGAUACAACUUGAAGAGGCCGGGAUCUUGGAUGACACGUACGUGAUCUUCAGCUCUGACAAUGGCUUCCACAUUGGCCAACACCGCUUGCCGCCAGGUAAGACGUGCGGGUAUGAGGAAGAUAUUCGAGUGCCGUUGAUCAUUCGCGGCCCAGGUGUUCCAAAAAGGCACGUUGAGGACGCUGUGACUACUCAUAUCGAUCUGGCACCGACUAUUUUGAAGAUGAUCGGAUCAGAUGCCCGGCCCAACUUUGAUGGUACUUCUAUUCCCCUUGGCGUGGAAGGUACGGGGAUCGACGACAAUGGUGAAGAGCUGGAUGCCUCAUUGCAAACAAAACGACAUGAGCAUGUUGCUGUUGAGUACUGGGGUUUUGCACUCGCAGAAGGCGAGGGUGGAGGAUACGAUGGCCAGGGAAACUUUGUUCUGAGGAACAAUACCUACAAAGCAGUGAGAGUGAUCGGGCAGGGGUACAAUCUCUACUACUCGGUUUGGUGCAACAAUGAGCAUGAGCUGUACAAUUUGGAGACGGACCCCGGCCAGCUGCAUAAUCUCUACUCGGCCGACUCCAAUGAAAAAGGCGUCAUGCUCUUGGGAACCCGCCUUUCUCUUGUCAUCAGCCGACUAGAUGCCCUGAUGAUGGUACUCAAAUCUUGCAAAGGUGAUACCUGCAUCGAGCCGUGGAAAGUUCUUCACCCGCAGGAAGACGUGCACAGCCUUUCGGAAGCAUUGCAAGUACGCUUCAACCCAUUCUACAGAAACCAGGCGAAAGUAGCAUACAAAAGUGCCCGCCGCCCGCGCACCCUCAGCACACGAAAAGGCGUGCUUGUCCAACCCAACCUCACAGCCCCAAACAUCAACACAAAUGGGAUGGCAACGUCUUCCCAACCAGCAGGCCCGUCGGACAAGGGCCCUCCGUACCGCUCCUUUAAGGAGCUCCGCGGCGAUCCAACUGUCGCCGUCGUCUUCUCCCCCGCCGCCAAGCGUCUCUUCUGGCCCCUCGAGGGCGUCUUCCCCACCGCCCUCUCCGUCAUGAAGACGUCCUGUAGCGCGGACGAUCUCGAGCCGUACUUCCAGCAGACCCUCGGCGGCGGAAUCUGGCACGAGAUCGCGCAGCUGCCCUUGACCGGCCCCAAGGUCUCGUCGGUCGAGGCAACCGUCUACGAUCUGGAGCAGUGGGAGUUCAACUGGGUGGCGUGGCACGGGCACCACGAGGGGAAGCCCGCCGACCCGGAGUAUGUCACGUAUGGGGAUCUAAGCGAUGAGGAUAGGCCGUACGCGGCGGAGCCCAAGGAGGACGGCAGCUGGGAGGAGGACUCGGACACGGAGUUCCUCGUCCGAUGCUGCGGGCAGGAUCGGCCGCUCGGGAAGAGGGGCCAGAAGCUUGUGGUCACGCCGGCUGCGGGCGGUCACUUCGUCACGGUGCACGACUACGUCAGCGCUGUGCAUCCCUGGCUCAUGGGCUUGCGUUCUGAGAUCUUGCUUGCUAAGACGGUUGCACAACCUCAGCCGUAUCCUGGGUCGGCGGGAAUGGCGUGGAUGGUGGACCAGGGGCCGGAGCACAAGGUGGAGGAGAAGCAGAGCUGGAUUCAAGCGCACGGGAGUGGCCCGCCGCGUCCUAUCCCUGCCUCGACGGCCGCGAUUCUCGCAAGGAUACAUGACGGACAGAUAGAUAUGCAGCUAUUCGAGGAGGCUAUAGACACCCUGAGCCUGCUGUUUCCCUUCCAUAACCAGCCAACGAAGAGGAUGUUGGAAAAGCAUGACAUGGCUUUCUAUGGGCUCGGACUCUGUGGUCGCCCUAGGAAACUGCUCCUGAGCGACUCUCGCUUGUGGAGGGGUCGAUUCGCCAAUAUCCACCAGAUCUUUCAGGACCCAACGACCGGCAUACAACAGUUGCUUCUGGAUGACGAAGGCAAGAAUCUCAUGCCGACCUUAACGUUUUGGGUCGCAGCGGCUGCCGGUACGCUUGCGUUGUUAGACAUGGGACUGGCUGUCGCGGCACUGGUGAACAGGAUUAAGCAAUAUGAACUUGGACUGAAGCAGUACGAGUUUUUCAUAUAUCAAGCAUGUGGGGACUCGUAUGCGAGAGACCGGUUGCCGCAGCUGUGUUCAGGUUACAAGUGA